UUGGUUGUUCCUACGAGUACGACACUAGGUAGCUCAAUUAUGCUAUUCAGUUGCAUAACAUCGUGCUAAAGCUAAACACAUAAUCUUCUUUCUAAACGGAUUCCAGUAUAGUUGUUAGUUGUUACGCGGUUUGUACUUGCUCAUUGUUAAGUAUUUUAGGACAAACAUCCUUAGUGACAUUGUAGGAUCCAACGCAUAAAUCGCUCUUAUUCAUCAUUCCUUUUACCAACAUGCAACCAAACAUGCGUGCUUGUUCUCCCUCUCUAUCACUACAAACAAAACACCUCUCUUUUAUGUUUCUCCAACUGCUACACCCUGUCAAACAAAAAACCAUCGUUCAGUUCUUUCAUGCAUCCCCCAUCUUUAUGUUCACCCUCCUCCACCUUCAUUGAUGAACAUCAAGAAAGGACUUAUGAAACUUUCUUUUGUUUCACCCCUUUCCAUUCUUCACCUUUUAUUUUUCACCCUUGCCAAAUGUGACUCUACUUUCUUACCUCUUGUUAACUAUCUCAUUGAUUGUGGCUCCUCCCACCCCACUCAGCUCAAUGAUGGCAGAACCUUCAAAUCUGAUCGUGAAACCACUUCCCUCCUAUCCAUUACUGAAGAUGUGCAAAUAUCACUCGACUCAAAUCUCUCUCCUUCUGUUCCUUCUUCAUCACUGCCUUUGUAUCAAAGUGCAAGAGUUUUUCAAGAGAAAUCUACCUACUCCUUUUACAUCUCCAAAACUGGUAGACUUUGGGUUCGUCUUUACUUCUUCCCUCUCUCUCACCCUUCCUAUAACUUAACAAGUGCUGUUUUCUCUGUCCAAACUGAUCAAAUCAUGCUCUUGCAUGAGUUCUCUGCCAGGAACAAUGACUCAUCCAUUUUCAAGGAAUACCUUGUUAACGUUUAUAAAAGUAGAUUCUCCCUUAUAUUCAAGCCUAAGAAAAACUCAAUUGCGUUCAUCAAUGCCAUUGAGGUUGUCUCAGCCCCUGACACUCUUAUCUCGGAUACAGCAACUGCAGUUUCCCCACUUGGAGAAUUCAAAGGGUUGUUGAAAUCUGCUCUUCAAGUUUCCUACAGAAUAAACGUUGGUGGCCCAACCAUAACUCCUGAGAAUGACACCUUGUCAAGAACAUGGGAAACUGACGAGUCUUACAACACCUUCCCACAGGGUUCUGAGAUUGUUGUUGUGCCCAAUGAAAGCAUCAAGUAUCCUACUGGGGUUACACCUUUGAUUGCUCCAAACUCAGUUUAUGCAAGUGCCGUACACAUGAAGGACCCUGAAGUCACACAACCAAAUUUCAAUCUUAGUUGGGUCGUGAAUGUGGAAACUAGCUACUCUUAUUUGAUAAGAAUGCAUUUCUGUGACAUUGUAAGCGAAAGUCUUAACCAGUUAUACUUCAACGUGUACAUCAACGGGAUUGAGGUUGUAUCAGCUUUGGACCUUUUAUCGCAAACCAAUGCUCUAGCUACUGCUUUCUACAAGGACUUUGUGUUAAAUCCAUCAGCCAUCACAAAAGGUUCUAUCUUGAUUCAGGUGGGACCAGCCAAUCUCCAACAAAGCACAGUCGAUGCAAUUUUGAAUGGAAUUGAGGUGAUGAAGAUGAGCAACGAUGCAAACAGCUUGGAUGGUUUCUUCUCUAUUGAUGGGGAAUUCGAAGGGCCAAGUUCACUAUCCAAGGAAAUGAAAGUUUUUGCUUGGGUUGGCAUAGCAUUGACUGUGACAUCGACGUUGUUGCUAGCAAUGAUUUGUAUAAGGUGGACAAAGAGACCUCAAGUUUGGGAACAGCAUAACAGAUUUUCAUCAUGGUUCCUUCCAGUUCAUUCAUGCAAAAGCCCUUGUAGAAGCUCAACCAUAUCCAGUUCCCGCAUAAGCAAGCCUAGUCAUUCUAAUUCUAUCGCCCCAAAAGGGCCUGAAAGGUUCUUCCCUAUCAGUGAAUUGCGACAAGCCACCAAUAACUUUGAUGAGAAGAGAGUGAUUGGUAUUGGAGGCUUCGGGAAAGUGUACCUUGGAACGUUGGAAGAUGGAACAAAUGUUGCUAUAAAACGAGGAAAUGGUAGCUCAGAACAAGGCAUCAAUGAGUUCAGAACAGAACUAGAAAUGCUCUCCAAGCUACGCCAUCGCCACCUAGUCUCACUGAUGGGUUUCUGUGAUGAAAAUUCAGAGAUGGUUCUUGUGUAUGAGUACAUGGCUAAUGGCCCCUUUCGUUCCCACCUUUAUGGCUCAAACCUCCCUCCUUUGCCAUGGCAAAAGAGGCUUCAAAUAUGCAUCGGCGCUGCUCGUGGCCUGCACUAUCUCCACACUGGUGCAGCUCUAAGCAUUACACAUCGUGAUGUGAAGACAACAAACAUCCUCUUAGAUGAGAAAUAUGUUGCUAAGGUUUCUGACUUUGGCUUGUCAAAAUUUGUCCCAGAGGAAGCCCACGUGAGCACACUUGUGAAGGGUAGUCUUGGAUACCUAGAUCCUGAGUAUUACAUGAGCCAACAACUUACUCAGAAAUCUGAUAUAUACUCUUUUGGGGUAGUCCUAUUUGAGGUACUUUGUGCUAGGCCAGUUAUUUGCCCGACACUACCAAGGGAUGAGAUUAACUUGGCUGAAUUGGCAAUGAAUCGACUAAGAAGAGGAGUGCUCCAUGAAGUUAUUGAUCCACAUAUUAUUGAUACUAUUAGUCCUCAAUCGUUAUAUGUUUUUGUGCAAAUUGCAGAGAGAUGUAUAGCAGAUUGUGGUGUUGAUAGGCCUAGCAUGGGGGAUGUGUUGUGGCAUUUGGAAUAUGCUUUUCACCUACAAGAUGCUUCCUCACGCACUGAUGCACAUGAAGAUAGAAGGGAAAGUACUGUGAUAAAUGAAUAUAGUGAUUCUACUGAUGAUGCACAUGAAGAUAGAAGGGAAAGUAUAAUGAUUAAUGAAUAUAGUGAUUCUACUGAUACACAUGAAGAUAAAAGGGAAAGUAUAGUGAUAAAUGAAUAUGGUGAUGAUAUUGACGCACAUGAAGAUAAAAGGGAAAGUAUAGUUAUAACUGAAUAUAACGAAGAUAUAGCAGGUCCCUUGCGUGAACCAGGAAGUGAUGCGUCUGAUUGCACAGAUCACAGAUGUUAAUUCUGCUAUGUUUUCUCAGAUAGUCAACCAUCAGGGAAGGUAAAGUUAGAUAGGUAGAAAUUACAUUUCAAAGACUAGUAGUCACCUUGAAGGAGUAGGAUUUGUUGUGCCACUCUUCCUUGCUACUGAUAUUCAACUAUGAAGUUUAUGAUGGAUCAACCUCAAUUGGUGUGUGUGAUUUUAGUGUUUUAAGCAUAAAUAAACCCUACUUUUUUUAUUUUCUCCCUGUUAUCAUAAUUGAUCAUAGUGACAAAAAAAAACACCAGGGUAAGAAAGUUUUUGUAUCUCAUGCGUAUAUUGUGCUAGUUACACAUUAUAG